AGCCCAACGACCAACGCCAUUUCCUUCCUUCUUCUGCUGCCCUUAGCUCUUUGACCAAUUAAAUUCACCGGCUCAGCUCUCCGCCAUUAAAGAACACCACCCUUCUUCUCCCUCUCUCCAUUAACCACCACAAAGCUUCAGCCUUUUCUUCACAGAUCAUGAUCUCUACCACCAUAGUUCUUGCUUUUUUAGCAAUCUUUACUGGGUUUUUUCUCCUCAGAUUUCUAUCAAAAACUUCUGUUCUGCAAAUUCUUUUACGCUUUUGGAGAUCAUUCGAAGACCAUUUUCAUGUCUACCAAUUCUACAAAGUUCCUCAGUUCAAUGAUCAUUUCCAAGAAAAUCAACUCUACCGUAAGGUCUCCACUUAUCUCAGCUCCUUGCCUGCCAUGGAAGACUCCGAUUUCACAAACUUGUUUUCAGGUCCCAAAUCCAAUGAUAUCGUUCUCCAUCUCGAUUCCAAGCAAGUUAUUCAAGAUAAUUUCUUGAGUGCCAGAGUUUGGUGGAGCAACGAGAAAUCUGAAACUAAUGGGAAACGAACGUUGCUGUUGAAGCUCAGAAAGAAAGAUAAGCGUAGAAUUCUUCGUCCUUAUUUGCAGCAUAUUCUUUCAGAAGCAGAUGAAAUUGAACAGAGCAAAAAAGAGAUCAAAUUAUAUAUGAAUCUAGAAAGAGAGCCUCAUGAAAAUGGAAGGUGGAGAUGGGUUUCGUUCACACAUCCGGCCACCAUGGACACGGUGGUUAUGGAUGGUGACUUGAAGAACAAGGUAAAAGCUGAUCUUGAAUCGUUCUUGAAAUCUAAGCAAUAUUAUCACAGAUUAGGGCGUGUUUGGAAACGAAGUUACCUUCUUUUUGGUGCAUCAGGAACUGGGAAAUCAAGCUUUAUAGCAGCCAUGGCUAAGUUCCUCAACUUUGAUGUUUAUGACAUAGAUAUCUCCAAGGUUUCUGAUGAUUCUGAUCUGAAAAUGCUUCUCUUACAAACUACAAGUCGUUCAAUGAUUGUAAUAGAGGAUCUUGACAGGUUCUUGCUUGAAAAUUCCAAGGUUGUAAGCUUAUCAGGAGUGUUAAAUUUCAUGGAUGGAAUCGUUUCCUGCUGUGGAGAAGAAAGAGUGAUGAUUUUCACAAUGAACAGCAAAGAUCAAGUUGUUGAAGAAGCAGUAAUGAGACCUGGAAGGAUUGAUGUUCAUAUAAAUUUUCCACUAUGUGAUUUCUCAGCAUUCAAAAGCUUGGCAAACAAUUACUUGGGAGUCAAGGAACACAAACUUUUUCCUCAGGUUGAAGAAAUUUUCCAGACAGGAGGAACAAGUUUAUUAAGUCCAGCUGAAAUUGGUGAGAUCAUGAUCUCCAACAGAAACUCACCAACCAGAGCUCUAAGAUCAGUGAUUUCAGCUCUGCAAAACAACAGCAAAAAUUCUCAAAAAUUGAUUGAGCAUAGAUCAGUGAGGUCCAGAGAUGAGAGUGGUGAAGCUGAAGGAGGAGUUCUCUGCAGAGAAAGUGUUCAUACAGUGAGAGAGUUCAGGAAAUUGUAUGGACUUCUGAGAAUGGGAAGUAGAAGAAAAGAGGAACAGUCAUUAGAUUUGGGUUCAGUAGAUAAAGAAGGGUCUAGACAUGGAGGUUGAAGUUCAGUUCAGAUAAUACAAUUAGUUUAUCAGAAGAUGUUAGAAAUUUAUCUGCAAUAUUUUAACACUGCAAAAGCUUCUGUAAAAAUAGCUCAAACAGCAUAGCUUUUAAUUUAUUUUUUUUCUCUUACUUUUAUGUAACAUCAAAAAUACCCACAUAAUAUAUUUUAUUUUUUUUAAUAUAAUUCUUUGUUUUUCGUCA